GAUUUUUCGUCCAAUAAAAAUCUUAAAAUUUUGUCUAAGAAAUUAAAACUGCUUACAGAAAGCUAGCUCUCAAGUAUCACCCUGACAAGAAUGCCAGCAAUCCUGAAGCGUCAGAACUAUUUAAAGAGGUUGCUUAUUCUUAUAGUAUCUUGUCCGACCCGGAGAAGAGAAGGCAGUAUGAUAGUGCAGGAUUUGAGGCACUUGAUGCUGAUAGCAUGGACAUGGAAAUUGACUUGUCUAAUCUAGGGACAGUCAACACAAUGUUUGCAGCUUUAUUCAGCAAGCUGGGUGUCCCUAUCAAGACAACCAUUUCAGCUAAUGUUCUUGAGGAAGCUCUGAAUGGGACAGUUACAGUCAGACCGCUUCCUAUUGGAACAUCAGUGAGCGGAAAGGUAGAGAAGCAAUGUGCUCACUUUUUUGGUGUGACAAUAAAUGAGGAGCAAGCUGAGUCAGGGAUUGUAAUAAGAGUUACUUCAACUGCACAAAGCAAAUUCAAGUUACUUUACUUUGAACAAGAUGCAAAUGGUGGCUAUGGUUUAGCACUGCAGGAAGAUAGUGAGAAAACUGGCAAGGUGACAUCUGCCGGAAUGUAUUUCUUACAUUUUCAAGUGUACAGAAUGGAUUCAACCAUGAAUGCGUUAGCAAUGGCCAAGGAUCCUGAAGGGGCUUUCUUUAAAAGGUUGGAAGGUCUUCAACCUUGUGAAGUCUCGGAACUAAAGCCUGGCACCCAUAUAUUUGCUGUUUAUGGGGAUAACUUUUUUAAGACUGCUAGCUAUACAAUUGAGGCAGUAUGUGCAAAAUCAUAUGAAGAUACCACCCAGAAACUUAAGGACAUUGAGGCUCAGAUUUUAAGAAAGAGGAAUGAGCUACGCCAAUUUGAAGCAGAAUAUAGAAAGGCAUUGGCUCGCUACCAGGAAGUGACAGAGAGAUAUGCAAAAGAAAAACAAUCUGUAGAUGAGCUUCUGAAACAAAGAGACGGCAUCCAUUCAUCCUUCACGAUUGUCAAAUCAACCAAUGUUAGCGGGACUGCUAGUAAUUUAAGCAAUGGAAGCUCUAGCAAAGUUUCUGGUGAUGAAUCCAAAGGUGAUAGCCCCGGGGAAGAUGGAGGGUCGGAUGGGAAGGACAAAUCGGCCAAGAAGAAAUGGUUUAACCUGAAUCUUAAGGGCUCUGAUAAGCGGUUGAUUUAAAAUGAAGAUAGAUUGUGAUUAUCUCCAUCAAUCUCAGCUUGAGUGUCAAUGAUGGCAUGGCCACAAACACAGCAGCCUGCAGUGUAUCUUCUGGAAUAUUUUUGUUUUUCUUGGUUGGUGGUUUUUUAACCAGGUUUGUGAACUGGUUUUGUUAGCCGUUCGUUGGUAUUUAGUGCAUUCCAGGUUAUAUAUAUGUCUCUCUUUAAGUCUUAAUUGUUUCCAAUAUUUUUGUCAUCAGUGAGAUUCAUAUCAUCCAAUUCCCUUGUAGCUUCCUCAACACAAACAUAGUUUUGAUAUUGUAAUCAUAUAUUCAUUUUUGUAAAAGGUAUCACUUUCAUCCA